AUGCCGGUGAUUGGAUUGUGGGUGGUGGACAUUGGGCGGUGGAUCCUGCUCAGCUGCAGUUUGGCUGUGGUUUUGAGUGUCACGGAAGCCCUUCCUCGGUUCAGUCGCACCAAGGACCUGGGAACCGCCGCCAGCUCCUCCAGUUUCGCCUAUGCCCCCAGUCCCCAGGAACCGAUGACCCUGACCGGAAACUACAACCUGAUCAUGCCCGACUACUAUGAUCACCAUCCAGCCGAGUCGAUGGCACUGCAGAACUUUGCCAACUUCUACGAUGCCCAGUCCGAAUCCGAGUCCGAUCUUGGAAUGGAGGAGUCCCAGUUCCUGGCCAACACUCCAGUGAGGGCUCCCCAGCCCCUGACUCCCCAGGAGCAUCGUGCCCGCCAGCAAGUGCCCCAUGUGGACAUCAACCGGGAAAGGAAGGCCCUCCUGAAGCUGAAGAAGGGCAGCACCCAGCCCAAGGGAUCGGGUCACCAGGAGUGGGACCAGUUCGACUACGACCUGUACAGCCUCAAUCCGGGCAACAGCAAGAAGUACAACUACGACAUCUAGAUGGCAUUCCCCUCUAGCUCGACUGUAUAUGUUUAUGUUUUUGUUUUCUCUUGG